UUCUGGAGCCUCUGGGGUAGAGUGUCCCUCUGUAGCUGUGCCAGGAGCCACAGAACAGUCGGAGUCAGUGCACAUGAAGGAUGAGGAAGGCCAGGCUCUGGGGGCUGCUCUGGAUGUUCUUCAUCGCAGAAAUCCAAGCUGCCGCUCAAGUAUUCGAGGAGAAGUGUACUCUAGCAGAGGGGCAGACCUUGAACGUGAGCUGUCCUACCAAUACCAACAUAUAUUCCAACAGCCAGAAGGCUUGGCAGAGGCUGAAAGAUAACGGGGAGGUCCAGACACUGGCAAUCACAGAGGGGUCCAGUCAAGUCCGGGUGGGGAAGUACUUCCUAGAAGACAUCCCCAGUGAAGGCAUGCUGCAAAUCCGAAUGGCCAACCUUCAAGUGGAGGACUCAGGACUGUACCGAUGUGUGAUCUUGGGACCCAGCGAUCCCAUCAUCCUGUUCCACCCUGUCCGCCUGGUGGUGACCAAGAAUUCUUUGGGAACCCCUGCCUCAGAUGAGGAUCCUUGCCAGAUCUCCGUUCAGAAUCCCACCUCACCUCCCAUCACCACCAAGCUCCGUCCCAGGCCCAGGCCCAGGCCCAAGCCCGUGACCCAACCCAUCCCCACAUCAGCUGAUAGGCUCUCCUCUCCUGGCUUCACAGUCACUCCCACAAAUGUGACACACGUCACCAGUAUCUACUGAUGUUUACCCAGGACUUUUAGAAUCACGUUGCUGAGGUCUAUGAAAAUUCAUGAUGGGAUUUUGAUGAGGACUGGAAUCUCAGUUUAUAAAUGAGGCCAGAGAGGUGAGGUGACUCUCCCAGGAUAGGUCCUGAUGCUGAGAAUGGAAGCCAGGAUUCCUUGCUCUGGGAGCCCUCGCUUUCUCUACCGCAUCAAGGUAGGAAGGAGCCUUGUCCGCCUGUCCUUUCUCCAUGAUGCCUCUUCUGAACGUGGACUCUGUGCUGUCUACUAAGUAUACUUCUAAUCAGUAGUUUUAGGUGAUGGGACAAACUAGAUGCACAUGACAGAGCCAGUCAGUAUGGGGAAAGGAGGGAUUGGGAGCAGAUGAGCCAAGGGGUGUGAAAGCCCAUGACAAACACGCACGUGUGUAGGAGCAUCCAUGUCCAUAGCAGUGCUCACUCUUCU